AUGUAUGGUGUCAUUUUUGGUACAUUUGUCAGUGUUUUCAGUCUGUUUGACAACAUUUCUCAUGUGCAGAACAACAUUUCUAGUGUGCAGAACGGUGCUUCUGGUGUGCAGAGCAGCGUUUCUGGUGUGCAGAGUAGCAUUCUUGUCACAUAUGAUGGCGUUCUUGGUCAACUUGAUGGACAGCGUUUCUGGUAUAGCAGUGUUCUCAGUGAGUCUGUCAGCAUUUCUAGUCCAAACAACAGUGUUUCUAGUCCAAACAUUAGUGUUUCUGGUACAAACAGCAGCGUUUCUAGUCCAAAUAGAAGUGUUUUUGGUCCAAGCAUCAGCAAUUCUGAUACAAACAAUAGCAUUUCUGGUCCAAACAGCAGCAUUUCUGGUCCAAACAGCAGCGUUUCUGGUCAGUAUAGCAGCAUUUCUGGUCAAUAUAGCAACAUUUUUGGUUUGUCUGUCAGCGUUUCUGGUCCAAACAGUAGUGUUUCUAGUCAUUAUAGCAAUGUUUCUGGUAAGUUUGUCAGCGUUUCUCGUAAGUUUGUCAGCGUUUUUGGUUAG